GUAUUACUCGUGACUGGCUUGCAAGAUUUGUGGCUCUUUUCGGCAUACCACGGUGCCACACACACCAUCCAUCAUCCAACUCGAUAUAGUAGCCACAGGGCAACCAUGAUGAGAGCUACAGUUACCAGGCAUAUCGGUCGAGCAGGGAGAAGACAAUUUGCAGGACCAAAAUGGCAGUGCGUGGCUGAGGCAGUCCACGUGGUUCCCAUGCGAGACGAAGAUCGGUCCACUAAAAAUGUGCCGUCGAGGGAGCAUGAUAUCGUUAGAGCACUUUCAAGGCAUGGUUUUGAUCAGCAGCCAUCAUUAAGACUGCAGCAACAAGUCCGCCACAUGUCAAGUGCAUCAGCUUUUCUUCCAGAAAUGAUGCAAGGUUUCUCAAUUUGGGGCGGCAGUGCCGUACUCUUGAAUGGCUUUCAUUCUGCUGGAAUCCCCUAUUGGGCGUGUUUUUCGCUCAUUAACAUUGUGGUGAGGGUUUCUCUGUUCCCUCUGGUUCUGUACAGUGCCCACGCGGCUUCUCGAUUCGGAAAAGUCGCCGUGGAGCUACAAUUUUUUGUGUCCAUGUUUCAAAACGAUUUGAGGAAUCUCAGAAGCCAAGGAGCGAGCACAUCGGAGUUGAUAGCUUUCUUUCGAAUGGGAAUGCAAUCACUUCGUGGCAUCUACAAACUUCAUAAAAUCAAUCCACUGGCUGCAUUCUUGAGUCCACUCAUGCAAUUGCCAUUCUUUAUCUAUGUCAGUGUUGACUUGAGAAAGAUUGUAAAUGGGAGGUACCCCGAACUGGCUCAAGAGCUCACCGCUUGCGAUGACAGUAUUUUGUACUGGGUUCCUGAUUUAACAGAGCCUGAUCCGUUCUACAUCCUUCCUAUCCUUGCGGGAGCUGCCAUGUACACCAAUGUCGAGACUGCACUGGGCAGAAGAAAUCUUGCUGGCGACACUGCAUCCAAAGCAGACACUGGCGUCUUUCUCAAGGACCUCUUCCAAUCAUUUUCAAUCUUCAUGCCAUGUUUUGCCUCCCACAAUCCUGCAGGUGUGCAGAUUUACCUCUGUACAUCGUUCGUGUUCACCAUGGUUCAGGGUUUUGCACUCCGUAAUGAGCAAUUCAGGGUCAUGGUUGGACUUCCAAGUCUUCAAGGGACACCUCAAAAACCAAUGAUUGCCUCAGAGUUCGUGGACUUGAAGAAACUGGAGCUACAGGCUGAUGAACUAAGAGGUGAAGGUGGGAAACUACUAGGAACGGGUGUUCUGGCACGCAAUUGGCGUUUAUCUUUCCCAGGAAGCGAACGACAGUCCACUAUUGUGGUCGAUGCGAAUGAUGAAGAGAAAACUACGGACGCUUUUACACCAGAAGACGAUUCCCACCUACACAUUAUCAAAUUCUUUCGGUACGGAGGGAGCGCGGAGAGGAGCUUUGAUCCAAAAACUCCUUUCAUUCCCGGUAUUUCAGCCUCUUAUGAUGAAAUGGUCGAGCGCGAAAAGCAGGUAUUACAGGAUCAAAUGAGGCAAGAGCAACUUGCCACGAGCAUGUUUGAGCAAGCAGCUAGUGGAGAGCAACCAAUGACACCAGAACAAAUGUCAGAAGCAAUGGAGAAAGCCAACGCAGGGGAGAGGCCAACCCAAUUCUACUCUAAUAGUCGCGCUGGCACUGGAGAGAAGAAGGCCAAACCUACCAAGCUUAGCCUGAAGGGAUUUCGAGACAACAAGAAGACAAGGCAGCGAAAGACAAAGUCUAAACGAAAGAAAUAAAUGGUCUCAGUUUUUGCAGUGCUCCACUACUAGUAGCUAGCCACUGUUAUUAGUAAUUGCACCACCACCGA